GACACCGUUUUGCGACUUCCGUUAAUGGCGUCGUCGUAAGAAAAUAAGGAGAAAAUGGACAAAAGAACGGGAAAUGUUCCUGGCUUGCCACCAGGAUGGUCAAGAGAAGAAUGUGUUAGACAGUGUGGUCUGUCAGCAGGCAAGACAGACGUGUUCUACAUCAGUCCUGAUGGAGUUAAAAUCCGAAGCAAACCACAUUUAGCUCGUUACCUUGGAGAGUCAUUUGAUCUUAGUGCUUUUGACUUUAGGACAGGAAAAAUCAUCAGCAGCUCUCAUAGAAAAAGUAAGCGCCACAAAGGAUCAUCAUAUGACUAUGCCAGAGGAAUGAGACAGGAUGCCAACCUUGCAUUGCCAAUACGUCAGACAGCAUCAAUAUUCAAGCAGCCAGUGACAGUGAUCAGAAAUCAUCCUGACAGUGUGACAAAAACUGAUCUCAAACACGGUCCACAGGAACCUCCCAGACAAUUAUUUUGGGAGAAGAGACUUCAGGGUUUAAAAGCGUGUGACAGUACAGAGGAACUUAUCCAGAGUCUUGAACUUCCCAAAACUGUACUAGGUAUAGGACCAGAACUGACAACAGAGAACAUCUUGCAGAGUAUUUCUGCAGCUCUCCAUCUUGGAGCUGUCCCUAUCAUAGGACAACACAGUAACAAAAACCUUGUGCAGAAAAAUCCUGGUGUUCAUAUGGAUAUUAACCAACCGCAUAUACAGCAACUGAUCGUGUCAGAUGAGGACAUCAAGAAACAGGAACUUAAAGUUACUGAGGCAAGACGUAAACUGCAAGACAUAAUGAAAACUUGAAAGGUCUGUUAAGCAGCUGACAGGGAUGAUAAAAGACUAAAGUCAGUAAAGUGUUUCUGAACUACAUUCUGUAAAAGAACAUGGAGACGUGCUGAUUGUGAAAUGUUCUCUGUUGGAGUUUUACAUCUUUUGUACAUAAUGAACCUUCAUAGAGUCAUAGACACUGCAACAAAUGUAGUUAUAAAGAAAAGACUGGCUAACAGAUUUCAUAUCUAAGAGCUUUCUGGUUAUGAUAACGUUCGAAGGACAGAUAGGGUUUAGCAAUUGUUAUACAUGAUUUGUAUCAUUUGAAUUGAGUUUUUUAUAUAAGCAGGGUCAGAAUUUCAGUGGGAUGCCAUAUUUGUAAUUCUCAUUGAUAAUAUUUUGGGUACAUACAUGUUUACAUGAGGAAUAUCUAUUGAACUGAUAAUAUCAAAUGAUACAAUUACUAGGUAUAUAAAAUGGUAGAAUUGCUGUAGUUUUUAUAUGUUUUGAAUUUGGAAAACUGAAAAUUUAUAAGUUUAAUGGGAAUUUCAGCAUUCAGUUUAAAAUUAACAUGUAUAGUAAUUUUUAGCUCGAUUAUUUAAAGAAUAAGUAGAGCUAUUAGACUAGUCCAUUUGUCAGUGUCGACAACUACAUAUUUGAUAAGUUUUUGUAUGUAAGCUGGUGCCUCAGUAACAACUUGCAGAAAUGUAUUGAAACUUAGCUCACUUAUUCACUUACAUUACACAGGUUCUAUAACUUUUGUUAUGCAUUUUUACAAAAUUAUGCCCCUUUUUCAACUUAACAGUUUUUGGUUAAGUUUUUGUAUGUAAGCUUGUAUCUUAUUACCAGCUGUUGGGAAUGGAUUGAAACUUCACACACUUGGUCACUGUGAUGAUCUUAUACACAGUGCACAUGUUUCAUAACUCUGCUUUGCAUUCUUACAAAAUUAUGCCCCUUUUUCAUCUGUUACAUUCAUUUAUUUGUGAAGGGUGUUGAAUAGUCAAGCGUUGCAGUCCUCCGACAGCUCUUUCGUUUUUUCAGUACUUGUUUCACAGGUACACUAAAAAGUAACUAUUGAAUCAAAUUCUACAUGAAUUGUUGAUGAUAUGUUCUUGACUUUAUAUUGUAUUAAAUGUGUAGAUUAAAGCAGAUUUUAUUGUCCUACAGAUACAAUAAAUUCUUAUGUGAGUGCCAUUAUUGACAUAAUAAAAGGAAAGUUUAAUAUGA